AUGGACUGUAAGAAAGCGUUAGGGUGCAUUUCCUCUGUCUAGCCAGACUAUACCUUUAACCUCAACAGUACCUGUAGGACACCUUCCACACGCGCAGGUGCAGUUCUACAGCCUGAGAAAUAUUCAGAAACAUCACACCAGUGGAAUUUGGCUUUAAAUAACACUUAAUUUAUAAAACCAGUUUUACCGACAAUGCACCACUGGAAAUGAUUACUGGAAAGCAAACGGCCUCACAGUGGGUGCCUUAAAUGUGCCGCUGUCGCUUUAAGGAAAUGCACUUGCAGCCAUUUUCUGCUCUUUGUGCGGGGUGAGUUAACGGCUCAGACCCACAGCAUCAGCCGAGCACCGAGCACCGAGCACCGCGCGCGCCAGCCCACCGCCCGUGCCCUUUAGCGCGGACAUGUAAUUUGCAGCCUGGGACGUUUGUAUGAGUGAAGCUGCAUAGCCAUGACAACCCACGUGACUCUAGAGGAUGCUCUGUCCAACGUGGACCUGCUGGAGGAGCUGCCGCUCCCGGACCAGCAGCCCUGCAUCGAGCCACCACCGUCCUCCAUCAUGUACCAGGCCAACUUUGACACCAACUUUGAGGACAGAAACGCUUUCGUGACUGGUAUCGCCCGAUACAUCGAGCAAGCCACAGUCCACUCUAGCAUGAACGAGAUGCUGGAGGAGGGGCAUGAAUACGCUGUCAUGCUGUACACGUGGAGAAGCUGCUCCAGGGCCAUCCCGCAGGUGAAGUGCAAUGAGCAGCCCAACAGGGUGGAGAUCUACGAGAAGACUGUGGAGGUGCUGGAACCCGAGGUCACCAAGCUCAUGAAGUUCAUGUACUUCCAGCGUAAGGCCAUCGAACGCUUCUGCAGCGAGGUCAAGCGCCUGUGCCACGCUGAGCGCAGGAAGGACUUCGUGUCAGAGGCGUACCUGCUAACGCUGGGCAAAUUCAUCAAUAUGUUCGCUGUGCUGGAUGAGCUCAAAAACAUGAAGUGCAGCGUGAAGAAUGACCACUCCGCUUACAAAAGGGCCGCCCAGUUCCUCCGAAAGAUGGCCGAUCCACAGUCUAUCCAGGAAUCCCAAAAUCUCUCCAUGUUCCUAGCCAAUCACAACAGGAUCACACAGUGUCUGCACCAGCAGCUGGAGGUGAUCCCAGGCUAUGAAGAGCUCCUGGCUGACAUCGUCAACAUCUGUGUGGACUACUAUGAGAACAAGAUGUAUCUGACACCCAGCGAGAAGCACAUGCUCCUUAAGGUCAUGGGAUUCGGGCUUUAUCUGAUGGAUGGAAACGUGAGCAACAUCUACAAGCUGGAUGCCAAGAAAAGAAUCAACCUGAGUAAAAUCGACAAGUUCUUCAAGCUCCAGGUCGUGCCGCUCUUUGGCGAUAUGCAGAUCGAGCUGUCGCGGUACAUCGAGACGAGUGCCCACUACGAGGAGAACAAAUCAAAGUGGACCUGCACCCAGAGCAGCAUCAGUCCCCAGUACAACCUGUGUGAACAGAUGGUUCAGAUCCGUGACGACCACAUCCGGUUCAUCUCGGAGCUGGCGCGCUACAGUAACAGUGAGGUGGUGACAGGCUCAGGUCUGGAUAGCCAGAAGUCGGACGACGAGUACAGGGAGCUGUUCGACCUGGCCCUCCGGGGCCUACAGCUGCUCUCCAAGUGGAGCACCCACGUCAUGGAAGUGUACUCGUGGAAACUCGUGCACCCCACCGACAAGUUCUGCAACAAGGAUUGCCCCGGCACGGCAGAGGAGUACGAGCGUGCCACUCGCUACAACUACACCAGCGAGGAGAAGUUCGCCCUGGUGGAGGUGAUCGCCAUGAUCAAGGGCCUCCAGGUACUGAUGGGUCGCAUGGAGAGCGUCUUCAACCAGGCCGUCCGGAACACCAUCUACGCUGCCCUGCAGGACUUCGCCCAGGUCACGCUUCGGGAGCCGCUCCGGCAGGCCGUGCGCAAGAAGAAGAACGUCCUCAUCAGUGUUCUUCAGGCCAUCCGGAAAACCAUCUGUGACUGGGAGGGAGGCAGAGAACCACCCAACGACCCUUGCCUGAGGGGGGAGAAGGACCCCAAAGGAGGCUUCGACAUCAAAGUGCCCCGCCGUGCUGUGGGACCGUCAAGCACACAGCUCUACAUGGUUCGGACCAUGCUGGAGUCUCUGAUAGCAGACAAGAGCGGCUCCAAGAAGACCCUGCGCAGCAGUCUGGACGGUCCCAUCGUCCAGGCCAUCGAGGACUUCCACAAGCAGUCCUUCUUCUACACCCAUCUCCUCAACUUCAGCGAGGCUCUCCAGCAGUGCUGCGACCUGUCCCAGCUCUGGUUCCGGGAGUUCUUCCUGGAGCUCACUAUGGGUCGCCGUAUCCAGUUCCCCAUCGAGAUGUCCAUGCCCUGGAUCCUCACCGACCACAUUCUGGAGACCAAAGAGCCCUCCAUGAUGGAAUACGUGUUGUAUCCCUUGGACCUUUAUAAUGACAGUGGGUAUUACGCCCUGACAAAGUUCAAGAAACAGUUCCUGUAUGAUGAGAUUGAGGCUGAGGUGAACCUUUGUUUCGAUCAGUUUGUCUACAAGUUGGCUGAUCAGAUAUUCGCGUACUACAAAGCGAUGGCUGGCAGUGUCCUCCUGGAUAAGCGCUUCCGGGCCGAGUGUAAAAACUACGGCGUGAUCAUUCCUUAUCCGCCCUCCAACCGCUACGAGACGCUGUUGAAACAGAGGCAUGUGCAGCUUCUUGGGCGCUCCAUCGAUCUGAACAGACUGAUCACCCAGCGGAUCUCGGCAGCCACGUACAAAUCUCUGGAUCACGCCAUCAGUCGCUUUGAGAGUGAAGACCUCACGUCCAUCGUGGAGCUUGAGUGGUUGCUGGAAAUAAAUCGUCUGACUCAUCGUCUGCUGUCCAAGCACAUGACCCUGGACAGUUUCGCCGCCAUGUUCCGCGAGGCCAACCACAACGUGUCGGCCCCGUAUGGCCGCAUCACGCUCCACGUCUUCUGGGAGCUCAACUUUGACUUCCUACCAAACUACUGCUACAACGGCUCCACCAACAGGUUCGUGCGCACGGCGAUUCCCUUUACCCAGGAGCCUCAGAGGGACAAGCCUGCCAAUGUGCAACCUUACUACCUGUACGGCUCGAAGCCACUGAACAUUGCGUACUCCCACAUCUACAGUUCCUACAGGAACUUUGUGGGUCCCCCGCAUUUCAAAACAAUCUGCCGUCUCCUUGGUUACCAGGGCAUCGCCGUGGUGAUGGAGGAGCUGCUAAAGAUAGUGAAAAGCUUGCUCCAGGGCACAAUUCUACAGUACGUGAAGACUCUGAUAGAGGUGAUGCCCAAGAUCUGCCGCCUGCCCCGGCAUGAGUAUGGCUCUCCAGGCAUCCUGGAGUUCUUUCAUCACCAGCUGAAGGACAUUAUUGAAUACGCCGAGCUGAAGACAGACGUGUUUCAGAGCCUGCGAGAGGUCGGCAACGCCGUCCUGUUCUGCCUCCUCAUCGAGCAAGCUCUGGUGUCCCAGGAGGAAGUGUGUGACCUGCUACAUGCAGCUCCGUUCCAGAACAUCCUUCCCAGGGUCUACAUCAAAGAGGGCGAGAGGCUGGAGGUAAGGAUGAAGAGGCUGGAAGCGAAGUAUGCUCCCCUCCAUCUGGUUCCCCUCAUCGAGCGACUCGGUACUCCACAGCAAAUCGCCAUAGCCCGUGAGGGGGACCUGCUGACCAAGGAGAGGCUGUGUUGCGGCCUAUCCAUGUUCGAGGUCAUCCUGACACGCAUUCGCAGCUUCCUGCAGGACGGGGUGUGGCGGGGCCCCCCGCCCACAAAUGGCGUCAUGCACGUGGACGAGUGCAUGGAGUUCCACCGUCUGUGGAGCGCCAUGCAGUUUGUCUACUGCAUCCCGGUGGGCACGCACGAGUUCACCGCCGAACAGUGUUUUGGGGAUGGGCUGAACUGGGCGGGCUGUGCCAUCAUCGUGCUCCUGGGGCAGCAGCGACGCUUUGAUCUCUUCGACUUCUGCUACCACCUGCUGAAGGUCCAGAGACAAGACGGCAAGGACGAGAUCAUCAAGAAUGUGCCCUUGAAGAAAAUGGCGGACCGCAUCCGGAAGUACCAGAUCCUCAACAACGAGAUCUUUGCCAUCCUCAACAAGUACAUGAAGGCUGUAGAGACUGACAGUUCCACGGUGGAGCAUGUUCGCUGUUUCCAGCCCCCUAUACACCAGUCCCUGGCCACCACGUGUUAAAAGCCCCCCUCUCAGUUUGCCCCGUCUGGGGCAGCUCGCAAUGAGACGCCCUGGAAAGGUGAAGGUCCUUUCCCCAAGAUUAGGUCCUCGCGCGAUAACACAACCUUGUCCUAUCUAUCCUCAGCCCUGGACUGCCACAUUAAGAUCGUGUCCUUCACGGCUGGUUAGAGAUCAGUGCAAGCACUGGAUGGAGUUCUUUCAUGAAUUUGUACUUCAACAAAAAUGUUUGCAGUACGCAAGACAAAUGUAAUAAAAUAGCAUUUAUGUUCAAGUCAAAAGUAAAUAAACUACUUAAAUAUAAAUAUUUACAUAACCAGAGCGGAUGUGCUAGUUUAUAUAGUGAUUGUUUUAUUUUUUAGUUUAAAAAGUCUUAUAUCUAGACACUUGAUGGUACUGAAAGCAAAUGAUUGCUAUUAGUUCUUUUAAGUUCUUUGAGUUCUUUUCUCUUGUUUUUACCCUCAAAGUCAGUUCCCCCAAUCUAAGUCCAGUUUCUUUGUAAAUUGUCACAUACUACACUGAGUGCCCAGGGCACAAACUGAAAUUGAGUUGUGGAUACUAAAGAAUUCCAUCUAAUUUCAUUAGUUAUUUAUUUACAUCUGCAUCACAAGUUAAAAGGAUUGGCACGUUUGAUUUUCCUUCAUUAACCCAUUAUUCUGGUUUCACAAAUCAUUUUUACCUUUUUCUUUGUAACUUCUGUUCUCCAUUGUAGAUGUCAUUGAUGGACAAAGUGAAGUAUUGAGUGUGGUACUUGUUCUAUUUAAUUAUGGCAUUAUGUGUAAACAUAGUAUUCGUUCACAAAAUGAAUCCAAUGGUUGCCCUUAGUAGUAGUAUGUCAGUUUCUGGACUGCGUAUCUUAGCUCAGACAGUGGAGCUGCUGUUCUCAAUGUACAGGAUCUUAAUUUCAGUGCUGUACUGCACUGAAGGAUGAAGGUGGCCUUUUUAAAUACCUCAUUUUUUCCCAGUGCAGUAGUUGAACUGCAUUAUCCUGAGUCCAGCAUGGAGGCCUUCAGAAGACAGUGCUCCCAGUUUCAUUAGAGCAAACCUCCACUGUCGCAAACCUGCAUCAUCUCAGAGCUCCACCAUCUCAAACCUGCAUCAUCUCAGAGCUCCACCAUCUCAAACCUGCAUCAUCUCAGAGCUCCACCAUCUCAAACCUGCAUCAUCUCAGAGCUGGGGUUCCAGGAGCUUACGGCUUGCUUCCAUAUAUCCUUGGUUAUAGCAGUGUUGGGGGAAUAAGGAAUAAAUCAUCCCCAUUUUGUGUACAUAGAGUCACUGUUGGAGGCUAAAGCUACUGUUGUGAAUGGAUUAUAAUUUCAUCUUGUUCCUCCGUAUAUUUUUCUUUUAGGAACCUGGUAAAGAUGAUCCUUUUUCAGGACUGUUCAUACAUAGGAAUUGUUUUCUUUCUCCUUGAAAAACUAAAUUUGUUAAUGACAAUAGCAAAAAAAAAAAA